CCGGGUCUGGCUCGGAGUCGCCCUAUGACCACGCGAUGGACCGCGCGUCUUUCGUCUCGACGGCGUCCUCUCACGACUUGACGACGCAUGCGCGGGCGAACGCCUCCUUCGAUCCGCUCAUGGGCCUUGCCGAGCGCGGGCACGGCGUGGGCCGCUUCAACGCCGGCAAGCUGAACUCGUACCUUCAUGGGCUCAAUCGCCGUCUGCAGGAGGAGAACGAGAACCUCGUCGCGCGCCUGCGGGCAUUCGAGGAGAAGUACGGGCGGGAUGUCGAGGGCUCGCCCGCGGCCACCCGUGCUCCUUCCUCUAGUGCGACGCCCGCGUGGGAUCCUCCCGCUACUCGGCGAUCUAGUGGCGGACGGCGUGUCAGUGCGGGACCGGCUCUCGGGCUGGGGGACGUCACUGAGGAGGACGUCGCCGAGGCCUGGAUGGAAGAGAAGGCCGCGCUCGAGGAGAUGAUCGACGAGAUCAAGGAGGAGCUCGAGGCCAGUGCCGCCGACAAGGCGAAGACGGAGGAGGCACUACAGGCAGAACGCGCCGAGCGCGCGCGCGACAAGGACCGGUGGCGCGAACGCAUGGUCGAGGUCGAGAAGGGCGUCGAGGGCAUCGUCGCGGACCUCGAGCGGCGCCUCGGCGCAGCCGAAGAGUCCGCGAAGCGCGUGGAGGCCGAGCGAACGGAGGACGUCCGCGACGCGGAGCGCCGGCUCGCGGUCGUGCAGGUCGAGAAGGAGGUGCUCGCGGAGCGCCUGAAGAAGGCGGAGGGCGCGCUCGAGAGCGGGCUCGAGCUGGGGGCGGAGGUGAACGCGGCGCACGAGCAGCUCGCGCAGGUGCGCGGCGAGCUGCAGAACGCGCAG